AUGGACGGAGAUCUCGAAUCUGAAUUUGAAACCCACAUUGUGGAUGCACCUCGCAAUGCAGAGGCGAGGGCAGCUCAAGAAGCUAAGUGGGCUGGAGAUUACGAUGGCCGGCAGCACUGGUCUCUCCGAGAAGCGUACUUGAUCCACCGCAAUCGACUGCGAGCUGCACAGGGCGAUUUGUAUCGCUUGAAGCUGCUGCUGGAUGCCCAUUUCUCUUCCAAGUCUUCCCCGCUGAGAGACCUCGACCUGCGUAUUUUGGAAAGGGUUGCCGACUUCUGCUUUGCACAAGGGCAGGCAGUAGCUUUUCUGGCGGGUUGGCGCAAGCCACUCCCCGACCCGAACCCUCAGAUCUCGUUCGUAGCACGCAAAAGACCUCUUCUUAAGUUUGAAGUGGCCGCUGGCGAAUGGGACUGUGUUUCAGUUUCGAGGCUCUUUGCAAGGGUCGUGUGCCAUGACGGUCGAUUGCACAGAACCGGUCGGCGUUUGGAGAUGACACACAAGAAGUUCAUCCUGGAUCGUGUGUACGGCUCUGAUGUUUCGGACGAGGAGUUCUACAAUCAAGCAGUACGGCCCUUGGUGAGAUCGCUCAACGGCAAUCAAGCUACCAUCAUCUUUUACGGCCAGACGGGCACCGGGAAAACCCAUACUUUCAACGCGUGCUGGGAGAGAAUCGGGAAUGAUCUUGCUGGCCAUUCAAUUUCAGUCACUUUCUUCGAGGUCCUGGGAAAGAAGUGUUUUGAUUUAUUGCAACAGCGGAAGGAGGUGACACUGCGGUCAGACAGUGAAGAACGAGUGCAUGUCAGGGGGGCUGCCACUCUCACGGCAGCUGCGUCAGAACUUCCGCAGUUGCUGGAAGAGGCGCUGAAUCUUCGACGGUCAGAGGCGACCGAGAGAAACCCGUUGUCUUCUCGCAGCCAUGCAAUUUGUGUUCUGGAAAUCGGCGAUCUUGGGAGCAUCCGCUUCGUGGAUCUCGCCGGCUCAGAGCGCAAUUACGAAACUCGUCAUAUGACUGCACAACAACAUCGAGAUUUCGCAGAGAUCAACAAAUCCCUGAUGGCGCUGAAGGACUGCUUCAGAGCACAUGCGAAGCUUGCGCGUCAACGUUCAGCUCGACCACCAUAUCGUGCCAGUCGAUUAACGCAGGUCCUUCGGUCCUGCUUUACAGACUCGCACCACAGGACGCUCAUAUUGUCGACUUUGUCGCCUACUGCAACUGAUCUGCUACACUCAACCAAUUCCCUUGCACAAGUGACGCAGAUGUCCGCGGCCUUGUCUGCCCUGCGUUCUGAGUGCUCCGUUGACUUGCCCUUAAUCGAGUUUGCUGCAGCCGUGCCGAUCUGGGAUUGGUCCGAAGCAGAUGUCCACAGGUGGAUCAAUACCGCUGACAAUGGCCGCUUCAAGUACCUGGUCCUUCCGCCGCAGAUCACUGGAGCUGCCCUCUUAAAGCUAUCCUCCAAGGGUCUGGCGGAGCUGUUUGACAUGAGCUUGCGCCAAGCCAGAGGGAGAGGGGAGGGGCAGGCUUGGAAUGAGGCAGCAGCUAGGGAGGUUGGCUUGCGCAUCGGCCGGAUGUUCUUCGCCGCUGUACGGCGAGAGGCCCUUCGUUGGCCAGAUGGCCAAAGCAGGCUGAUGGAGGCAGAGAGACUUGAAGCCACUGAGCGUGGUCUGCUCGAAGAAGGCCUGAAUUUGCCGCCGGAAGCAGAGCGCCACUGUGAGUUUUUCUUCUGGGGCGACGCGCAUUUGCCAGUGCUACAACCGGUGGCUGAGGCUGCAGGGUAA